UUCUCUUUUCCAAUUCAUCACAAGCUACACGACAACUAGUAAGGUACCACAUUUUCCCCAAGAGUAACAUCUUUAAAAUUUAUAGAGUAAUAUUUCUUAAUUAAUUAAUGAUUAAGAAUUGGAGUACUAUUAAUGUUUUAGACAAUAUUUACUUUUGCAUUUAAUUCGUUGCUUCAAAAUUUCAAUUUACUUGUUGUGUGGAAUUCGUCCGCAGCGUCCGCUCACUUGGUAUAUCCCCGGCCGAGACUUGUGUAUUAACAAUGUACAGGUUUUUGAGUUGAAUCCAACAAAUUCAACUCAGAAAAAUUAAAAAAUGCUAUUUAUUAACUUAUUUCGAUUUUCAUUCUGCAUCAUACCCUUUACAAAGGGCUCAAGAAACUAGUCAGUCGACCGAGAAGUAACUUUUUCAGCCCAAAGUGUAAUGUCUAUGUUUAGUACUUGUUUGUUAUAUUAUUGUUCGUUUUUUCGUUCAAGAUGCUCCUAAUUAACUGCAUUAUUGUUUGUUUUUUUUAAAUUUAUUUGACAGCCCUAAUUUGGUCGCAUUGAAGUGUUAUCAGGUUUUUUCAUAAUCCUUUCUCUUUUUCUAGAUAUUUUGCUCCCAGUCUCUCUUUACUAGUGGAGAUUAUUAUUUGAAUUUCUAAGUUUACUUGAAUUUGUAGCAAGCUCACUACUACAUCAUGGCAUAAAGAUCACGGUCCAAAAACUAAGAAGAUCUCUUUUUUUGUAAAAGCGUAAUAACAUAUUAUGGACUAUAGUUUUAAUCUCAUUUUUACAAAAAAACUUAGAUCGAAAGAUUUUUUAUUCUCAGUAAUUUAAAAAGUGAGAUUGUAACUUAAAGAUAGAUCCCGUUUUCAAAAAAUUGAGAUUGUAUAUGAAAGAAUAUAUCUUGUUUCAGAAAACCGAGAUUUUAAUUUCAGUCAUCUAGGAACUAAGAUCGUAAGUCAGAGAAUACAUUACGUUUUUGAAUUUGGAUUGAGAUGAAAACUCUUAUAUAAAAAAGUUGAAAACCGCUUAACCCUUUUUUUUUUGAUAGGUGAAUUUUUUUAAUUAGAAACUUGAUAAUUAAUGGGUACAUUGAGAGGGAAAGAAAACUGCUUACCCCUUAAUCGACUCCGUGCACGAUACCCAUCAAUAAAUGUCACAAUUGACUUCUAAAACUCCAUCCUCCAUUCUCGUUCGUCUCUCUCACUCUCAACCAUUCUACAAAAAAUAUUCACCACCAAAUAGGGUGCGUUCGGUGAUGAAAAUGUAUUUCGUCGCUAAAUGGAUACCUUUGGUGAGAAAAUUUAAGAAGGUUGCAUUUCGUCGCCAAAUGUAUUUUGUCACCACUAUUUGAUUAACUUUUUUGUUUCUUGUAUAUAUGUUGUUAUGAUGAGGAAGACAAACGGUUAGGGUGAGAUGGAUCCGAUUCCAGCAUGGGUGCAGAGACUUUGGGACGAGUGGGAUCUUCGAGUACUGGUUUUACUCAGUUUCACCUUACAAAUAAUUCUUUCCCAAUUUGGCAACCGAAGAAAAUAUAUAUCCUCGAUGUGGAUUAGUGUCCUUGUUUGGUUGGCCUAUUUAAUGGCGGACUGGGUAGCAACGGUUGCUCUAGGCAAACUCUCAGAUGCCCAAGGGGAUAGCGAAAAAAGCAACGGAUUAUGGGCCAUAUGGGCACCGUUGCUUUUGCUACAUCUUGGUGGACCUGACACCAUAACUGCCUAUUCAUUGGAAGAUACUCAGUUGUGGAUGAGGCACCUUUUAGGAUUAGUGGUUCAACUUUCUGUGGCAGUUUACGUCAUUCUGAUGUCGUGGAAAAAUUCAUGGCUCUCGUUCAUGUCGCUUCCGGCGUUAGUAGCGGGAGUUAUCAAGUACGGGGAGAGAACGUGGGUUCUCAAGUGGGUGAGUGACGAUAAAUACUUACAUAGAAUAUCCAUCGAUCCUCUUAUGUAUAGAAAUUCAACCGAGGGUCAUGAAUAUGUGCGGGUUUUAGUUCUGGCUUAUAAACAUCUGGAUCAGUUUAUGAAUUAUUUGGUGGGGAGCGGCGGUUUGUACAUACUGGGGACCCCGCCCAACCCCUGGGUUGUUGCGGAAACUAAUAUGAAGUGGGACGCGCUGGAGGUUGAAAUGGGACUCAUUUAUGAUUUGCUAUAUACAAAGGCCGCCGUAAUUUACAGUAAGGGAGGUUUUAUAAUGCGCUGUAUUAGCUUCGGAUGUACGUUGACUGUGUUGGUAGGAUUAACCGUUCAGAUUGUACAUUUAAAGACCAGGGGAGAAGAUGAUGAAGGGAAUUGGCAUGAGAUUGAUAUUGCAAUUACAGGGGUAUUAAUAGUAGGAGCUGUAGCUUUGGAGAUUUAUGCAGCCGUUGUACUAUUUUCCUCCAAUUGGAUGAUGCUUUGGCUGAUUAAACAGGGUAGAGGGGAAUGGGUGAUAAGGUUGAGUGAUAGAUUUCCAUGGCUUUUCAACAAGAAGAAAAACUGGUCUCGAAUGAUGGGGCGAUUUGAUCUACUUGGUUAUUUACUCAAAAUUCGUGACCGCGAGGUUCGAAGUCCAAGUAGUAAAAUAGCCUGGAAGGUGUUAGGGCGUAAUUAUGAGGAUAAGUGGAAUAGAUAUCGACACAAGACUGCAUAUUCUGUACAUCCUCUGGUAUACAAUGCGAUUUCAGAGCUUUGUGAUCCUUAUAUUGAUUCAAGAAUAUCCGACAGCUUGACCCGUGAAUUGGAUGAAGAUUGGGCGAUACUAAAAGACCGUAACGACACGGGGGAAACUUUUUUCGAGCUAACUUUGUGCGUGCACAUGGCAACAGAAAUAUGCUACCGUUUAGAAAUGGAAUGGGAUGCAAGUGGUGAAGAUGAUCCCUCCGGAUCCGAUUCCUCGUUGUGGAAUCAAAACAGGGAAGUGUCGAAAGCUCUGUCGGAUUACAUGAUGUAUCUACUUGUGAUGCACCCUUCAUUGUUGCCCAAUGUUGGAUCACUUCAUGUUUUGGAGCUUUUCUUCGACGAACCGAGACGUCUUACAAGGGAUGCACGUGACAUAAACGCGGCUUGCCGUAACUUGCUGAGUGAUAAGUGCUAA